GUCUUCAAUAAUGCCCAUUCUUUAUUUAUUUUUCUUCCAAUUUUCAGCCUUCGCACGCCAAUCGAUCAUGUGCUCCGCCUAAACCGAACCCCGUAUUUUAGAGAUACACCCACUUUACAAAACUCCACUGUUUCGCUUCAAAUCCGCCAUUGAAACCCAAUUGUUCAACCCGUGCAUCCAUUUUUUUUUUCUUUCAAGAUGCUUCAGUUUCUUCCAUCUGCUUCCUGCUGAGGUACUUUGUUAGGUUUUGCAUCAAAUCUGAGAAAUCGCCCACAAGAGACUUUUUAGUUGUGCUUGAUGGGGGCCAAAAGUUCAAAGGAGGCCUCGUCCUAUCGCUCAACUUCUUCUUCCUCAUGGGGUGGUGGUGGUGGUGGUGGUGGUGGGUAUUCUCAAUCGUCAUAUGGACAUGAGAUCCCAAGUUAUGCGCCUCAGCAAUCCUAUUCUUCUCAGCAGUAUUAUACAUCAGCUCAAGAGUGCUAUGGGAACGUUGAUAAUGGCAGGAGGUUGGAUAGAAGAUACUCGAGGAUUGCUGAUAAUUACAAUACUUUAGAAGAGGUAACAGAAGCUCUUGCGCGUGCUGGCCUGGAGUCUUCCAAUCUUAUUGUUGGCAUUGAUUUCACCAAGAGCAAUGAGUGGACAGGUGCAAUCUCGUUUAAUAGACGAAGUCUACAUCACAUUGGAGACCACCCAAAUCCUUAUCAACAGGCAAUAUCAAUUAUUGGAAAAACAUUGGCUGCUUUUGACGAUGAUAACUUAAUUCCCUGCUUUGGGUUUGGAGAUGCGUCAACUCAUGAUCAAGACGUCUUCAGUUUCUUCUCAGAGGAGAGGUUUUGCAAUGGAUUUGAAGAAGUAUUAAGUCGUUACCAAGAAAUUGCCCCACAUCUACGACUUGCAGGCCCAACAUCAUUUGCACCUGUUAUUGAAAUGGCGAUGACCAUUGUUGAGCAGAGUGGUGGUCAGUACCAUGUUUUGCUAAUAAUUGCUGAUGGACAGGUGACUAGAAGUGUAGAUACAGAACGUGGGAGGCUUAGUCCACAGGAACAAAAGACUGUUGAUGCCAUUGUUGAAGCAAGCAAGCUCCCUCUCUCCAUUGUUUUAGUUGGCGUUGGAGAUGGCCCCUGGGAUAUGAUGAGAGAAUUUGACGACAAUAUCCCAUCGCGUGCAUUUGAUAAUUUUCAGUUUGUGAAUUUCACGGAAAUUAUGUCAAAGAAUAUACCUACAUCUCGGAAAGAGACCGAGUUUGCUCUUGCAGCAUUAAUGGAGAUUCCAGCCCAGUACAAAGCUACAAUAGAACUUGGUAUUUUGGGUGGUUGCAAGGGCUUAUCUCCCCAGAGAGUUGCACUUCCUCCACCGGUCUAUGGCACAACAGCUUCUUUUAGUAGUUCAAAGCCUACCUGGUCUUCCAGUUAUGAGCCAAGCGUGCCUUCUUUCCCCGGAAACGGGCAUCCUACUACUACUACUAGUACAGCUCCUCCUGUCGCAAGCUCAACUUAUGAUAACCAGCUCUGCCCCAUUUGCCUCAGCAAUCCAAAGGACAUGGCUUUCGGCUGUGGACACCAGACGUGUUGUGAAUGUGGACAAGAUCUCCAGACAUGUCCGAUAUGCAGGAGCGCCAUCCACACCAGGAUAAAGCUCUACUGAAGCGUCUCUGCAUACUUCGCUGUAAUUCUUUGUAAUUUAUUCCUUGAUUGAAUCCAUUGGUCCAUGCAUGUUUGGGUUAUGUUCUUCAAAUACACCAUGCGAGCUGGCCAUUGAAUUGCAUAGUCAACAAAUUUGUAGAACCCGCGUUCCAGUUUAGUCAUACCCGAUGCAAUCUUCGAACCGGUUUGGAUUAACUUUUUAAGUGUU